AGAUGUUGUAGAGCAACUAAGCUGCUAAAUCCCUCUGGAACAUUCCCAGACAAUUUGUUCUCCUCCAGUGAAACAAGUUCCAAGCUCGGCAACCCAAACAGCUCGAUGGGCAAUUCGCCGGCGAAGUUCUGCUUGCUCAAAUCAAGAGUUGUUAGCUUCAAUAACCCACCAAUGGCAGCCGGAAUCCUGCCUGAAAACCCGCAUGCACUUAAGUUCAAAACCUGCAAUCCCUUCAACUCCCCUAUUCUAGAAGGAAGCUCCCCACCAAAUGUAUUACCGCCGAGAUUCAAUGCGCUCAAGUUCCCCAUACUUAGUAUCUCCACCGGGAAAUCACCACUCAGAGCAUUAUCGCUCAAGUUCAGCGUUUGGAGCUCAACCAAGUUGCUUACCCCUGCCGGAACGGGACCGGAGAACUGA